UCAGUAGUUUACAUAAUUGUUUUUAAUCUUUAUUUUUUUUAAUUGGCGUGUUAAUUAGCGGUGGUGCUUUGAUCUAAUUAGAUCGAAUUAUCUAAGACAUGCUGAACGGAAUUGUAAAAUCCCACCAGUUACGGCCAAUAACGGCCGCGCCCGUGUCGACAUCAUCAGACGAUAAUGACCAUCAGCAGGCAGACGACUGUGCGGCCAUCAUGGUUUCAGAUCUGAACCGUAAUCAGGAGGUUGGAUACUACGGCAGUGGAGGUAAUUUCUACGUGAACGAGGACCCGCUGGACAUCAACGUGCGUAACCUGGAGAACCUGUCCCUGAUGGACAACUUCAGCUCGGCCCUGGGUGGGAUAGAGACCAGUGACACCCUCGAGUAUUUCCACGACUUUGACGCGGUCCUCAACCCGUACAUCGACGACCCCAAGGAGGGGAACAUAUCGAGGACGGUGCGAGUGCCUUCCUCCGAGCAUGUUGCUGAGAUUGUUGGUCGUCAAGGCUGUAAAAUUAAAGACUUGAGAGCCAGGACAAACACCUACAUUAAGACACCCAUGCGCACACAGUCACCCGUGUUCGUUGUGACUGGCAAGGAGGAUGCCGUUCUGCUCGUUAUGGGGGAGAUCCAGAGUGCAGCUGAGCACUUCACACACAUUCGUGCCUCACGCAAUCACCACAAGGUGGCUGGUGGCCUGGACACCAACAAACCAGUGAGCAAAGAAGGUGACAUCAUGAUACAGGUAACCGUGCCUUACCGAGUGGUUGGUCUGGUUGUCGGGCUCAAAGGUCAAACCAUCAAGGCUAUCCAGCAAGAUACUGACACUUUUAUUGUUACCCCAAAUCGAGACAAGGCCCCUAUUUUCGAGAUCAGAGGUCAGCCGGAGAAUGUUGAAAGGGCCAAGAUGAUGAUACUGCGCCACAUUGAAACCAGAACCAGGCACUGCAGGCUCCAAGACACGACAAAUCUCUCCAACAACUGGAACGAUGAGCCAAGACAAAAUGGAAAUGACUAUUCCUUCUAUCACGGGGACAUUUUGCCUCAGAAUGGCAACAACUCCUCCUGUGGGAUGUCAAUCAACAGCAACUUCAGCAGCAAAGGAAGUGCUCCCAAUGGGAAUUCAUCUAGCAGCCAAGGAACAGGUUUCUCAUUUUCAUCCACAAGCCCACCAACUACUGUAAACUACAACUGGAGAAGUUACGGGAACAUACUUGACCAACCUCAGAAUGGUCACCUCACAGCAUGGAGUAAUGCAACUUCUGACUUCUCACCCAUACUUGGAAACGGAACUGGGUUGUCAAGCGGAGCCAACAUCAUCGGCAACUCAAGAAACGGCAACAACUUCCAGUACAGCAUGUCUCUGGGUAGCAUUCCCUCAUCCUCCAACAGUUCAGCCAGUAUUUCCCCACCACACGAUUUUUUAAACGAUGGCCCGUUCUCUAGCCACAACCCAUUUGGGCCAUCUUUAAGCAGCCCUUCUUUGAGAAGCAUGAAUGACCAGGACUCUUUCCCCACCUUCCCACUCUUGACCACUGCCUCCUCAACAUCAACCAAAGGGAGCUUGGUGUUGGGCAACCUUUUCCAAUCUCAGAGCAACGUCACCUCCAGCUUGAGCAUGAGUCUCAUGAGCUGCAAUGAAGGCAUCCACGGGUUCCCAGGCUCCCUUCAAGACGACAGAGUAGGCUACGGAGGACACUUGAGUUGUUCAUCAUUAGGUUCCUUCUCAGGGACAAUCGGAGAGUCAAACAUGUUUACUGGACAAAUGAAUGGAUUUCCCAGCGGCAACUCUAGCCCAACAAGCAAAAGCUGCUCUUUAAGUGAUACAUCAGGGUCCCAGGGCUCCCCGACGCCCCGCCUGUGUAAGGUGUGUGAAGAAGCUGAAGUAGUUGCUGCAUUAGUUCCUUGUGGGCACAACCUCUUCUGCAUGGAGUGUGCUGAAGGGAUCAUCAACAAGGCUGCUGAGAGUGAGAGGAGAUGCCCGGCUUGUAAGGAGCCUGCAGGCGACGUACUGCGCAUCAGGGCUUAAGGUCAACCAGAAGGGUUUGGUUUUAGUCAGACUUUUUUUUUUUUGUUUAAUCUUAGACUUUAGGAAAUUAGACAUUUUUAUAUAUUAAGAUUAUUCCUAUCAGAUAUUUAAAUUUUGUAAGGCAACUGAUUUUUAAUACACAAAUUUUAUUUCUCAAUUUAAAAAGUAGUCUGGGUAAUUUUUCUUAUUUGGGAGAAGGAAAGCUAGAUUAUUUAAAAAAUUUUCAUUAUAAUAAUUUUUACAUUUAAAAACAUACAAAAGGUAAUACAUAUUGUGUUAAUACUUUUAUCUCAGAUGUAAAUUGAUAGUGUAAACUGUCCAAUAGAAGUUUGACCUUGAUAUUUGAAAAACUGAAGCGUCUAUAACAAAUAACUCGCAGUAUUGUGUUGCUGUAUAUAAAAUGUACAUAGCAAAUAUGCAUUAAUCUUGCAGCUGCCUAUUUCAUUGUUGGUGAUUAAACCAAAAUUUUCACUAGCUGAAUUUAAUUACUCAAUCCAAUUAAGAAAUCCGGUUGGAAAUUUUUUCCUCCUUUCCCAUUAUUUUAAGGUUCACAACUUUUAAUUGUUUUAAUGCUAAUUACAUGAAGUUUAAUUUGUUUACCAGCUUUUGGAAAAGCUUAAUGACACAAGCUAGGAAGUUUAAUUUGUUGUACCAAUGUUGUUUUAAGGGGAGAAAAAAUUUAUUUCUCUUUCAUGUUCAAGUUUACCCUUAGAGUGGGGAAUCUUUAGAAUUUUUAAACUAAUUUUAGUUUUUUGUAAAGUAUCUGAUUCAUUCAUUUAACACAAGGCUCUGUGAUUUUUUUUUUUAAAUACUUUUUUUUUCAACACAUACUGCUACAUUCAGGGUCCAUUUAAAUUAUUUUUUCUGUGAAACUGUUUUUUAAGAAUUUCUAAUUUGGUUGUUAAUGAAUAUAACAAUUAGACUACAGAUGUGUCUCAAACUUGUGCUUCCUCUACGAUGUAAAACUUGACUAGACCAUGCCUACUUAUUGUUAAUGUUAGAACCACUGGAAAAGCCUUUAAGCCCUGAAGUAUCAAGUGAAGGUCAUCUGUUUGUUAAAACUCAGAGCCGUAUAAAUGAGGAGUACACAUGUAUUUAAGUUAAAUUUUAUAGUAUAGAAAGUGUGUACUUCUACAUUGUUUAUUUUUAAACAAAUGUCAAACUUUAUAAGGACUCAACUAUUUUGUUCAAAAAUUUCACAUAAUACAUGGUAACAUGCAUAAUAAACCAGUGUAUUAAAUUCUAAACCUUGAAUUAGCAGUAAAAACAAGACAUCAAUUUUAAUGUAUUGAUCUCAGAAUGAAACAGCUGAUUGGCAUUUUGUGGGAAUUACUGUAAAUCUUUAAAAAAGGUGAACCCUAGAACCAGCUGAACUGCUAUCCCAGAGUUCUCCUGUGAGUAGUCGACUGGACUGAUCAAAAUUCAAUCGUCUAUUUUUUUUCAUGAGUGAAACAAAUAUUUUCAUCUUUGUAACUAGAUUUUCUUGCCCUCUUAAAACGUAUCCAUCGAAUUAUCAAGGGAUGUAUUGUUCAUGACAGAACAGGUGUAUUUUUUUUCUUGAUGCCUGGCCAAACUCACUGUAGUUUAGUUUGUUAAGCACACUAUAUUUAUAUUUAUUAUGAAUUAAAAAUCUCUUCCCAGAAUAAGAUAUAUCUAUAUUUAUCUAUAUAAAUAUCUUCUUAAUAUUUCUUUUGAAUAAAAUUAACAUUUUGCUUCAAAUAAAAGCCACUCUCUUAAUUGAGGAAAGUAUAUUGUUGCAGUUUCGUUUAGCGACCUAAUUCUGUUAAAUUUUAUUGCACUGUUAAUCAAAUCUAAAAUGUUUUGAUGCAUUAAAAUAUGGACUAAUUUUUUUUUCUUAUUUUACUGUUUCAUUCCAAUAACAAAGCUCAGUGAUCUGAGUCAGUACCACAAAUUUAAUCUAUAAAUCAAAGUCUAUUAUGCAAAUUUUAUUUUUCAUAAAUGUUAUUAUAUUUUCUUAGAAUGUCUUAAAGAAAGAGAUUAUAUUUUAAAUAUGAAAUAAUUUUGCUCAUUUUUAAACAAACUAAAUGUUUCGCUUUCCCACAAAUGAUUUCUGAAACAUUUUGGAAAAGAAAAACAUGAGGUUGCUAUGUGAAUAUACAACACAAAAACAAACAAAAAAAAUACACAAAGGGAUCAAUCGUUACCCAAAGAUCUGAUUGUACAAUGUAUUUUCUUUCUUUCAUAUCUCCUACAAUUCUCCGAUAAAAUAUUUGUGAAUUUUCUAAAUAAAACCUGAAAUAUUUAUUCAUGUACAUAGAUACCAAAAAAUUGUUUUAUUGACAACAUUGCAGUUACUGAUGAUUCUACUACAUGUAAAUGUUUUUUUAAAUAAAGUAUUUAGAUAGUGUUAUUUUUUUAUCAACAUUAUUGUCAAAUGAUUUUCCCUUAGAACUAAUUGUAGAGGUGUUAAUAUUUAAAAGAUCAUUAAUAUUCAUAAUAUGCGUGUGAAUAUAAUUUAUGCAAAAAAAAAUCACAGAAUGAUUUAUAAUACUGACAAAGCUAAAGUUAUAUAUAUAUAUAUAUAUUAUAUAUGUAUUAGAAAAAAAUUGUUAUUGUAAUAUCAAAGCUAUUUAAUUGAUGCAUGGCAUUGUUACAUGGUGUGUGUUUAAUGUUAACUGAAAACAAUUUUUUCUAUGUUUAGCUAAUGAUCAAAAUUUUUAUACAAUUCGUUUGGUGUUCAAUCUUUAGUGUCAGGAAGUAAGUUCUAUCUGCUUUGGCGUUAGGGAAAAAUUUGAGAAAUUGUUUGGUUGUUAUAUUUAUUUUUAUUUCUGCAUUCUACGGGAGUUGAAUUCCAACUCGAUGUUAAUUUAUCAUUGGUGUACCUAUAUUUGAUCUAACUGUAUGUUAGAUAUUAGUCUGUCUAUUCACCAAGUAUUAAUAUGUAAUGAUUACAACAGAGUAUUUUAUUCAAUAUUAAUUUCUAGUAAUAAUUGAUGUUAUUUAAAGUAGCUUUUUAACACAAUGUAGUUUUUGUUUCACUUUUGUAUUAAAAUAAAAAUAUAAUAUAUUAAUAUUAAUGAUAUUGUCUACAUAUAUCAGAUAAGGUUAAUAUCCAGAUUUUUUUUUUACUGCAAGCUAAGUUUAAAAAUAUAAUAAUGAACUAUUUAAAAUUUCUAUUUAAUCAUCUCUACAGAAGAUACCAUAAAUAAAUUGCCUUCUCUCAUUGUUAUGUUUAUAUGCAAAUAAUGCGUUAUUAUAUAAUGCUGUUUUUACUAUGGAGUGUAAUGCACAUGUAUACUGAUGUUCACCAUACCUAGCAGUUAAAAAAUUUUAAGUGGAUUAGUUGGGCAGUUUGAAUUGAUGAAAAACCAAUUAUAUUUUAAAGUAAGUGCAUUUUAAUGUGUUGAGGAUUGGAUAAAAGAUCUAACAGGAAGAGCUACUUCCACUUUUUUCUUUUCUUUUAUCCCUACCAUUGAUUUUGUUCAUUUUGUCUUCCAUGUAAGAUUCUUUUGCUUACAAAAUAGGUGUAGAAUAUCCAUGAAAGACAUUGAAGACUGGUAUGAGUACUAGCAGUAAAAAAUUGUUUUUACAAAUCAUGGUGGUAGUGUGUUAACCAGGCUUAAUCUGCUUCUUAAAAAGUAUUUAAAAUUGAGUAAUAAAAUGGUAUUUAUAGUGCAUUUUUCUCUUUGAAGCUAUUUUAUAGACUAGGUAAAACUGCUUGAUUUCUAAUUAAUAGAGCAUUAAUUAACAUUUUCUAUUAGAAAAUUUUAAACUGCUGAAAAUAGAUACAAAUUAAGAAGAGCUUAUUAUUUUAGAUGAGUUGAGUCAGUUUUCUAGAAUGGACCUGUAUGAAUAAAAAUAGCUAUUUUUUUUUAAUAUUGAAUUUUUCUAACUGUAAAAAAGCCAGAUUAAAUUUUCAUCUUGUUCAACUUUAAAAUGUGUAACCUAAACACAUUAGAUAUAAAAGCUCUUUAAUUUAUGGCCAUGAUUUUAAAAAAGUGAUAACUUUUCUUGUUCCUCUCCUAAAAAAGCCCAGUAUAACAUAUCAAACACGACCAGAAAACUGCUACUAGAAAGCUAGUCAGUGGGGUUAGAUAGGUUGGGCAGAGGUGUGAUUCUUUGUUGGUGCCUGUUGAGAUGUGCUGUGAUGGUCCAUCCGAGGAAGACUGAGUUUUGUUUAAAUGCUUCACCUUUUUAAAGGGAAAACAUUUGCUUGAAUGUCUUUCAGUGGUUUUGUACUUGAUUCAGAAAUGUGACGCCAUUCCCUAUUACUUUUUUUCUAUUUAAUACUAUGUACUUAUCCAUUUUCUGGAGCUUGUUUAUUUGUCAAUUAUUAUAACUGCUUUAUGUAUUUAUGUGUAUGCUCCCAGUGUUUUUUUUUUUAAUAUAUUUUUCAACUUCAGCAUAAUUAUAAGUUGUCAUUUUUUGUACAUUUUUUUCCCCAUAUAAAAAUAGAUUAUGGACUUCAGUGUCCAAUAUGUUUAAUUGCAGAAUGCUCAAAUAUUUUUGAAGCAUGCUUAUAAAAAAAACCAAUGCCCUUCGAUUGGCCAGUUGAUUCUCAAAUAAAAGCAUAAUACAUAUCGCAAUAAACUCUUGAUAGUCGUGAAUGUUUGGAGAUGUAUUGAAGACUAAAGUUGAAUACAACUUAUACAGUUAAAAAUAUACCUGAAUUAAAAAUAAAUUUAUUGUAUUACCUAUCUUGCAAUAUUUAUGUUUAGUCUGAUCACGAUGUUAUUCAUUUAAGUAGUGUCCUAAUAGUGUGCAGCCUAGUCGUUCAAUAUCCGACUGCAAUGCCUCCAGUUAUUUUAGCAGGUUUCAGUUGUACUACUUCCAUGUUUAUAAAUAAUACUCAGUUUAGCAAUAUAUUUUUAUUUUUUUAAACAGUGUUAAAGAAACACUAAAGUUUUUUUUUUGUUGUUGUUGUUGCCUUGUAAAAUAAAGGGACAUUUGUUCAUAAAAAAUAUUCAUUUUAAUUACUCAUUUUAAGUAAUAUAAAGCUCCAAUGGUUUAAAAAGUUCGACUUUUUUUUUCAAAGUUUAAAUCAUGCUUUAACGAUUCAAAUCGAACUCAUCCUCAAAAUUCCCUUUGUUUUACUCAUUUUCUCAUGGCAACCACAGUAAUCAUGUCAGUUAGCUCUGUCACAACUUAUGUGUCACAAAUCAUGAUUCGUUUUAUUUUAAAACCUAAGGCCGACAAUUGCAAUUAUGGCCUCAGAGGUUAAUUUAAAAAAAAAAAGAUAUAUUUGACAAACGUGUAAUGUUCAAAAUUUUAUUUUUUGCAUUUAAAUAAAAAGUU